UCUACUCUGUAAACCCUUUAUAAGCUCCCCGUCCGUUGCCGCCUCAUCUUCCUUUCGCCAUUUCCUCCAUCGUGAUGACGCACAUCGACCCUCCAUUUGUCGGCGACGGAUCGACAGCGGAGGAGGAGGUGGUGGAGUCCCUCCUCCCACGCCGAUCCGCCGCCGUCGACCCCGAGGAUGACGAGACCUCUGAGCGCGCUUACGAGUACGAUGAGAAGGUCGUCGUCGUCGGCGUCUCCGACGUGGGAGGCGUCGCCUUUGAUGGACCUCCACCCCCCUUCUCAUGGAGGAAGCUGUGGCUCUUUACUGGCCCGGGGUUCCUGAUGAGCAUCGCAUUCCUGGAUCCGGGGAACCUGGAGGGGGACCUCCAAGCCGGGGCGGUAGCCGGAUUUUCGCUGCUGUGGCUGCUGCUCUCGGCCACGGCGAUGGGGCUCAUGAUCCAGAUGCUCUCGGCGCGGCUAGGCGUUGCCACGGGUCGGCACCUGGCGGAGCUAUGCCGCGAGGAGUAUCCGAAAUGGGCGAUGCUGGCGCUGUGGUUGAUGGCGGAGGUUGCGCUGAUCGGCGCGGAUAUACAGGAGGUAAUUGGGAGUGCCAUUGCGAUUAAGAUCCUAAGCGGUGGGGUUUUUCCACUCUGGACUGGAGUCAUCGUCACUGCUUUUGAUUGCUUCAUCUUUCUAUUCCUCGAGAACUAUGGUGUUAGGAAGUUGGAAGCAUUUUUUGCUUUUCUUAUUGCAACAAUGGCAAUCUCAUUUACAUGGAUGUUUGCUGAGGCCAAGCCUAGUGGAAAGGAGCUUCUGAUUGGUCUUCUGGUCCCAAAACUCAGUUCCAAAACAAUAAACCAGGCUGUUGGGAUUGUUGGAUGUGUGAUCAUGCCACACAAUGUAUUUUUACAUUCUGCUCUUGUACAGUCAAGAGCCAUAGACCCUAACAAGAAAAGCCACGUUCAAGAAGCAUUGAGAUAUUACACCAUAGAGUCUACAGCUGCCUUAAUUAUUUCCUUCCUCAUAAAUCUAUUUGUUACAACAGUUUUCGCAAAGGGAUUUUAUGGUACAGAGGAAGCUGAUCUUAUUGGUCUUGAGAAUGCUGGCAAUUAUCUACAAGUGAAGUAUGGAGGAGGGCUGUUCCCUAUUCUUUACAUUUGGGGAAUUGGUUUACUAGCAGCUGGGCAAAGUAGCACAAUCACUGGGACUUAUGCUGGACAGUUUAUAAUGGGUGGAUUUCUGAACCUCCGUCUGAAGAAAUGGAUCAGAUCAAUAAUCACUAGAAGCUUUGCAAUCAUCCCAACAAUAUUUGUUGCUUUGUUCUUUGAUACUUCUGAUUCUGCACUAGAUAUUCUGAAUCAGUGGCUUAAUGUGCUUCAAUCAGUUCAAAUCCCAUUUGCUCUGAUUCCACUUCUCACCAUGGUGUCAAAAGAACACAUUAUGGGAGCUUUCAAGAUCGGUCCCAUUUAUCAGGCAUUGACUUGGGUUAUUGCAGCACUUCUUAUCACAAUCAACGGUUAUCUCCUAAUCGAUUUUUUGUUAUUCGGGAUACAAGGCAUGCUUCUCGGUUCAAUCAUAUGUGCCAUCAUAGCGAUGUAUAUGGCAUUCAUAAUCUACCUCAUUUUGCAUGGUACACAGUAUAACAGUCGAUAAUCAUCUGUUGAAUGGUGCUGCAAUUGCUCACUAAUCAUACUAUUGUUUAUGGAUUCUGAAUCCUCGCUGUAAAUAAUUCUGACGUCCCAUUUAACAAUUACAUGUAUAGAACAUAUCAUAGUCCGG